CCCACUUUUUGUCAUCUUGGUCACCGAAACUCCCGCCAAAAUCGAAUGCUCAAGCUGGUGGCCGUCGGCGCCACCGCCAUGUACGCCGGUGCGUCCGUGUAUAUUAGCCUGGUACAGCACCCAUCAAUCCUGCUCAUGCGCGAUUAUCGGGUCCAAGCUGUCUUCUUUGCCGACAUGUACGACGCCGCGGGCCGCUUCAUGGCACCGCUGUCUGUCAUCGGAAGCGGAGCUGCCCUUGCAGUCUGGCUAACCAACCGGUCCGAGCUCAUAUGGCUCGCGGGUGGCCUCUGCAUGGCGUCCAUUUUACCGUACACUACCUGCUACAUGCUGCAGCUCAACGCGACGCUUCGAGACCCGCGGCGAACGCUUCGGCGCGGCCCGACCUGGCUCCUCAAACGACUGCAACAGUGGGGUCACCACCACGCAGUACGCUCGUUCUUGAGCGUCACAGCCACCUCCACGAUGCUAUUUGGACUGCGGUAG